GGAGAGGGGGACGUCUCGAUGCACUGUGCAAACAUCCUACUUGCUAUAUACCCAUCAAAAACAUGUGUUGUCAAUCACAAGACUGGCGGGAUUAUGGAAACGCACUCAUUAUUAUUUUCUCUGAAGAGCAGCUCUUGAGUAAAGAAGAUGAUGACAAUAUUUGGACAGGUUUUAUGUAAGAGAGGUUUAUGUAUCAUAGAAUUGUAUAGGCUUCAUGUAUCUGACUGCACAGUCACGUGGACACAACACUCGUACAUAUGUCAAGAAGAGCAACGCCUUCACCUGAAUGAGCCUCUCUCACAGAUGCCCUAACUACGUCGACCGGCCAUGGUUGUAAUAUUUACUAUUGAUUGGCACACUAUGAGGUGCUCAAUCUGAAAAUCAACUCUUCGGCAUAUACACGUAGUUCUAACCUGACCAUCCGUAUGCGAAUGGGAUUCGGUAUGAAAAUGCGUAUUGGAGAUGUAGGCUAAUUCUAAAGGAACCUUCAACUAUUCUGAACAUCAGCACAGAAGGAGCUUUUACACUGUGAACAAUCAACCAGCACAGCCAUGGCCUCCCUCUGUGGUCUGUUGCCAAGGGGAACAGUCCUGGCUGAACGAUAGAUAUAUAUAGAGAAGGAAAGACGGAGAGACAAAGCAGCCUUGAGGUGCAGAGGAAGAGAUGGUCGUCACUGACAGGAGUUCGAGCACUCCUGUGCCUAAGAAGCAGGAACCAAAGAAGAAGAAGAGGAAGUCCCGCCCCCAUGGCCUGCCCUCCCCGGCGUUGUGCUGCGCAUGCGGCCUGUGCAUCAUGCUGGCAGGCAUCAACAUCACCCUGGUGGGGGCAUUCGCCUUCAGCACCUUGGUGCCCUCUGCCAACCCUCCCAUCAUCAUAGGGCCCAUCCUGCUCCUGGUGGCCUUCUCUUUCUUCGGAGCGUGCUGUGUCUGCAGCCGCCUGCCCCCCGCCCAGGGCUCCCGGAGGUCGAAGGUGGGCGGGAGGAGCAUGGGGAUGAUGGGGCGCGGAGGUUUAGCCGGGGGAGCGACGUUUGAGAUUGAGACAAGUGAGCACACGUUGCAGGACACCACGGCAGUACAGCUCAGCCCCUCGGCCUCACCGGGGUCAUCACGGGCGUCCAGCCCCGAACGGGAUGCUCCUCCUGACCCCGCCCCCCCAGGGACCUGCAAGCUCUUCACCAUGGAGACCAAUGGCCCCACCUCCGCCACGGCCUACUACUCUGCCUCCUCGGACGGGGGAGGGGCUGUGAGGCUCAACCUGCCACGUGAUGAUAUGGCCACCUAGCACAGCUCUGACUAACGCACUGAAGCAAGAGCCUCCUGCCCCAGGGGACUGAUGCAAAACUAUGUAAAUAUGAACUAGGUUUGAUGAUAUACAGACAGUGUUUCAGUGUGUCUAGCCAUUUUGUGAAGUGCCAUUUUUCAUGUUUAUGAGAAGCUAUCAGAGAUUUAUUGCAUUUGUUUUGUUUUUUUCCAGCAGCCAAACAGUAAUUAGCAUGCAAUUCAACAUUGAAGGAACGUGGGUGACGGUUUCGUUGGAAUUGAUGUUCCUACCUCCUCAGAACUGUUCUCUUUAGAAUCCUCUCUUAACAUGCAUGGGGCAUUAUUAUAAGCAGUUUCUAACCGGAAAGCAGAAUGAGAGAAUUUAAGCGUUUUCUCUGUGGCAUUUCUGAGGGGUAAAACAAAGUGAUGUGUCCCUUUUCUUUGACGGUCUGGACCUCAGUGAUUGACAUUUCAGCCGAUUGCUCUGAAGCAACUUUGUUUUUGUUGCCAGAACUGAAAGGUUUGACACGAAAUGGCAAUGAGUUUAAUGCUAUCAUUUAAAUACUUAGUUAUGUUUGACAUUACAGUAUGUGCUGCUUUGGUCUAAAAUUAGAUGCAAAGAUGGGGUCGCAAGAUUUCUUUGCAAUAUAAUCUCAACUGAAAGGAUCAGCAACAGAGGACUAAAAUGUAUUUUUCCUCAAUUGUUUCUACAGACAAAACAUUAUGGAUGAUAUGCAGUGUACAUCAGUGGUUGGCAACAAGUGGCCUGCGGGCCAAAACUGGGUCGCAAGUGAUUUGUUUUUUGGAAUCAGAAUUUUUACCACAAACAUAGAAAUGCGCCAUUUUCACAUACAGUGGCAAGAAAAUCCUUUGAAUUACCUGGAUUUCUGCAUAAAUUGGUCAUAAAAGUCACAACAAUAAACAAACAGUCUGCUUAAACUAAUAACAAACAAUUAUACGUUCUCAUGUCUUUACUGAAUACACCGUGUAAAAAUUCACAGUGUAGGGUGUAAAAAGUAUGUGAACCCUUGGAUUUAAUAACUCGUUGACCCUCCUUUGGCA